AUGGAGAAAGCACAUACCACACCGUCCGGGGAGGACCGCAUUUGCUGCACCACAAUCUCGACGGGGAACGGGUCCCGGAGCACGGAUCGAGAAAUAAGGUGUACUCCUCGCAGCGGAUGUAGCAGACGGAUGCCUGGAUAUGGUUCCGUCUGCACUGGGUUCCCGGUUUGGCAAUUAGAGCUACCCAGCUGGGGGAUCCACGACCCUGCGACGGGUCUUUCUGAGCAGUCCGGAAACAACUUCCCCGGCGAGGUAUGUGGCGAGGGUGAGCGGGGACAGGGCCGUCUCCAGAAGUCAAAGGGUUGUAUUAUCGACAUGACGGCGCGGAGUCCAUGCGCUCUGUAG